AGGCAUUGCGUCUAUACGAUCAAUCAUCCGAAGGUAUAGCAGAUCGAGAAAUUAUCCGCUGUCAUGCUGUUCUCGGUACAUUUUACAAAUAUACUAAACGGUAUAAGUUAGCAUUGAAACACUUCUCUACUGCUCUUUCACUAUGGCGAAUGACAGCUGGCCCCAUGGAUGCUGAUCGUUCUAUCGGUGCAGUUUAUUAUCAUACGGCUGAUAUUUAUUACAAAUUACGUUUGCCGUAUCCGUCAUCCAUUGCUCAAUACUUUUAUUUCUGGAAUCAAUAUCGAAUUGGCCAGAUGAAUUCUCAGCAGAGAACAAGCUCAUCAUUAACUGAGUCCAAUCCUGGGCAUAUCAAUGGGUUUUCUAUCCAAAUUCUAAUAGACCUCGAUUGA